AUGGGGAGGGACAACCUGACCUGGGUCAGUGAGUUUGUCCUACUGGGCCUCUCCGGGGACAGGCAGACCCAGGCUGGCCUGUUUGUCCUGUUUGGGGCCGCCUAUCUGCUGACCUCGCUGGGCAACGGGCUCAUCCUCGUCCUGAUCCGGCUGGACUCCCGCCUCCAGCUGCCCAUGUACUUCUUCCUGGGCAACCUCUCCGUAGUGGACAUCUGCUACACCUCCAGCGGGGUUCCCCAGAUGCUGGCGCACUUCCUCCUGGAGAAGAAGACCAUCUCCUCCGCCCGAUGUGGUGCCCAGCACUUCUCGCUGGCCCUGGGGGGCACCGAGUUCUUGCUUCUGGCCGCCAUGGCCUAUGAUCGCUACGUGGCCGUCUGCGAUCCCCUGCGCUACGCGGCCGUCAUGGGGUUGCGGCUCUGCGCAGGGCUGGCCGCCGUCUCCUGGCUCGUGGGCCCGGCGAACGCGGCUGUGGAGACCGCGGUCACCGUGCGGCUGCCCACCUGUGGGCGCCACGUGAACCACGUGGCCUGUGAGACGCUGGCGCUCGUCAGGUUGGCCUGCGUGGACGUCACCCUCAACCAGGCCGUCAUAGUGGCGUCCAGCGUGGUGGUGCUUCUGGCGCCCUGCUGCCUGGUCGCGCUGUCCUACGCCCGCAUCGUGGCCGCCGUCCUGCGGAUCCGCUCCAGCAGGGGGCGCCGCAAAGCCUUCGGGACCUGCGCCUCGCACCUCACCGUGGUCUCCAUGUCUUACGGCAUGGCCCUGGUUACCUACAUGCAGCCCCGCUCCACCGCCUCUGCCGAGCACGACAAGGUGGUGGCGCUCUUCUACGCGGUGGUGACCCCUAUGUUGAAUCCGCUCAUCUACAGUCUGAGGAACACGGAGAUAAAGGCCGCUCUCACUCGGAUUCUGACGAGGAGCUCUCAAUCAAAACGGUAG